UUUAACUUUAAUCUUUGACAGUUCUCUAGUUUGUUUACUGUGGGUUCUUGUGUGCAAUGAAACAAAAAUAAAAUUUUUGUUGCUGAGUUUUAUGUUCUGGCUUAGGAUUUCACGAAUUCCGUUAAAUGGAAAUCGUCAAUCCAAACGCCGCCAUCCUCACCAACUUUGAGGUUAUGAGCGCGCUGAAAAACAUGAAAAGCAGCAAAAAGAAGUACGGUUUACGGAAUCUGGCCACAAUUACGUAUGAGACGGUUCAGUACCUGGAAGAAACCGCAUGCAAGGAACAAAGCAUCGAAUCUAUAGCGGAUUUCUUGAAAGCUAUGAAACAAUUUAAUUUGACCAAAAAUGAGUGCUUGAUGUUGAUCAACGAUCCACCAAGUUCGGCUCUUCACAUCCAGAUAAUGAUCGAGGAUUCGGACGAGCGACUGACAGACGAACAGGUUAUUCAGAUAAUCGAAUACGGAGCUAAAUUACGAACAACCAGCGCAGAAGGCACCAGUCAUCACGGGGAAGAUUAGUUAAAUAAUAACUAGAGGGUUUGGGCUAGUGACUGGCAUUGUACUCAUUUAAUUUUUAAAAUUAAACGUCCUAUCUGAAAUA